AUGAGGAGUUGUUUUAGCGAUACAAGAUCGCAGGAAAUAGUUGCGUGUCUGGCUCUAUGUAAUGGUUGCGGCAGGGGGGACGCAGCCAUGUGGAUGGAGACGGAGCAGGUAUUUCGGCACGCGGGUAGGAAAGAAUUUGAUAGGUUGCGUGUGCUGCGUUUUCAGAAGAUCAAGAAGCCUCUUUUACGUAAUUGCCCGGUGAGUGGAUUAAUGAUGGUUGGCCCGAACAAGAUUAUGGUUUGGCGUCCUGUGAAGUUGGAGGGUAAUCCCGAGCUGAGUGACCUUAGUAGUCUUAUAGCACGACAUUCAGAGUCCGGAAUUAGACUUCGAAAAGUCGCGGUUCCUAUUAUCGAGGCGUUCCAGAGCAAAUUUAGUGGCAUGAACACUGAAGCAGUUACUGAAACAGUUACUGAAACAGUUGCGGGUGGUGUAAAGUUGAGUCUGGUGGACAUGUCCCGAGCGUUAGGUGGCCUAGAAGACAUCCCUGUACCACAACCUUCGUUCUUUAGGCCGCUCCCGAUCGCAUCAAUGUUAUGUGGUUGCGUCAUUCCUGGAAAUGGUAACGAUGUCCCGUAUACAAAAUGCCGGGAUGACUACGACCCGGCUGUAGACGGACUUAUUACCGAAAAUCCGUCCGACCCGGCUGUAGACUCAACCUCCCGAAAUGCUUUUGAAUGGACUGGCUAUGGCAGAUUACUUAAGACGGAUGAGCUGGCUGAGCAAAUGGGGAUAAAUUCAUUGAAGCAUGAAUAUACCGCGUACGCUGUCGGUCUUGUAUUGUUGGGUUUAUAUAGUAACUUGUCUAACUGCAAGGAUGGUAACUCGUUUCGGAAGACUGUAUGUAACUUCUUGGCAAAACUUGAAACUAAAAUCUGGAACCGAAGCCGUGUCGGUUUCUUAAACUUACCUGAUGAAAACCUCUUCCGAGGGGAAGCAAUCAACAAAUCCAAAAUAGAUAUCUAUCUCGACGACUUAAAAUAUAGACUGCAAAACGAUGGUGUUAUCGAUCGGUACUUUGAUAGCGACCCCAGACACUUCGAAGCAGAACUAGCAAUACUACAACAAGAAGAUAUCACUGGACACCCCAAGCCACGCGGGAACCAGCCUAAGCGCAGCAUCAGGUUUUAA